AUGUUUGUUUUGGAAAGGGAAAACAUUUACGUGUACCUGAGAUUGUUGAAUUUAGACUUACAGGGAAUAUUGUGCACGCCUUGGGUCCGACAAAAGUUGAAGUUAGGAAUCUUUCGUCUCUCUUGCGAACGUGUUCUUGAAAUGUUAAGGGAAGACAAACAAGUUCUUUUGUUAUUGUUGGAAACAUUCAAAUUUGAUUCAAUGUUGGACCUGAGUUCUUUACAGAGUGCUUCCACAACUCGAAAAACUCACGAGGAAAUGGCCUCAGAAGUUAUAAAUCGAAUUGAACAGAAACUUUUGGGAUGUGAAUUAAUUUAUAAUCGAAGCAAUGUUCAUUCCAAAGAUAUGGAAGGAAUUAAUAAUAACAUUAUAAUGGCUUCGGGAAUGUUAAGAUUGCCAAAAGUGAAUACAGGAGAAGAAAAUACAAAUGAUGAAGGAGAAGAAUUAAAUGAGGAGGAUUUGAGUAAAGCAAGAGAUCUUAAAAAAGAACCGACACCCUCUUCUGAAUGGAAAGAAAGUGAACAAUUGAGUGUUUCAGAGCAGGUUGAUUUAUUAAUAAACGAAUCAACUGAUCUAAGCAAUUUGGCGUUAAUGUAUGAGGGUUGGACUUCUUGGGUAUGA